AUGAAGCAGGGGUCGAUUUUAAACUUUUUCGGCGCAUCGGCGUCGAAGAGGAGCCAGAGCUCGCCGGUGGGCGCGCCGAACCUCACCCCGGGCGCCAGGGUGCCGGCCGAGCCCAGGAAGGAUGGCACUCCUGCGACGGUGCCCAGCGGAGACCCAGUCGCGUCGAGCGGGCCCGCACGGAAGCGCGACGCGUCCCCGCUGGACUCCGAGCCGGCCAGCAAGCGCCUCGCGACGCAAGCAGAGAGCCCGGUCGGCGCGGAGACGGAGCCGUUCGCGGCCCGCAUCGACGCCGCGCGGACCGACGGCGACCCUCAACGGCGCCGCCGAAUGCAGGAGCUCGUGGGCGCCGGCGCGUCCACCCGCCUCGAGCGCCGCGCCGAGGCAGUCCGACAGAAGUUCGACUGGCUCGCCCCGAGCAAGGUGAUGGACGCGGCGCGGCGGCGGCCCGGGGACGCGGCGUUCGACGAGCGGUCGGUGUACGUCCCCCAGGCGGCGUGGAGCGGGCUGUCGGAGUCGCAGCGGCAGUACUGGAAGGUCAAGGCGCAGCACCGCGACCUGGUGCUGUUCUUCAAGGUGGGCAAGUUCUUCGAACUGUACGAGGACGACGCGGCGACGGGCGCGGACGUGAUGGGCUGGAAGCUCACGCUCAGCGGCGUGGGCAAGUGCCGGCAGGUCGGGUGCCCGGAGUCCGGCCUCGUCGAGGCGGCGCGGCGCCUUGUCGCGGCAGGGUACAAGGUGGGUAUAAUGGAGCAGGUGGAGACUGCGAGCGCGGCCAAGGCGGCGCGCGGGUCCAAGGCGGUCGUGCGGCGCGAGCUCACGCAGGUCUACACCCCCGCGACCGCGCUCGACACCGAGGGCGGCGCCGCCGGCGGCGGCGGCGUCGUGCCGUCGUGCGUCCUGUGCAUGUGGGAGGCGCCGCUGCCACGGGAGCGCGAGGGCGCGGUCGAGGUGGGCGUCGCGGUGCUGGACGCCACGAGCGGACAGGUGUACGCGGGGUCCGUGCGGGAGCUCGGCGGCGGGCGCGCCGCGGUCGGGGCGCUGCUGGCCUCGGUUGCCCCGCGCGAGGUCAUUGCAUCGCGGGAGGGCCUGUCGACGCACACCGCGCGCGUGCUCGCGCUGCACCCUGCGCGCAAGUCGUGGGUGCCGUGCGGGGCCGGGCCGAACGACCUGCCGCGGCCGGACGACGCGGCCGCGGCGGUGGUGGAGCGCCUGCGCGGCGUCGGGGUGCAGGUGGCCGACGGAGCGGAGCUCCCGGGGUGCCUGGCGGAGUGCGACGGGCCCACGCUGUCGGCGGUGAGCGGUCUGCUCGCGCACUUGCGGCGCGUCAAGCUCGCCGGUGCUGCGCAGUUUGCGUCGAACGUGUUGCCGCUGGCGCAGAUGCCUGGUGGCGGGCUGGGGUCGAUGGUGCUCGACGGGCCGACGCUGACGGGCCUCAACAUCCUGGACGGCCCCGAGGGGCGCGUUGCGACCGGCACGGGCCCGCCGGCGUCGCUGCUGGCGCUAGUGGACUCCUGUGCGACUGCGGGGGGGCGAAGGACGCUCCGGGCGUGGCUCUGCGCGCCGCUCACGGACCCCGCGGCGAUCGACGCGCGGCUCGACGUCGUGGAGGCGCUCGUCGCGGACCCGGCCACGUCAGGCACUGUGCGUCAGCGCCUGACGCGGGCACCCGACACCGCCGCGCUCGUCGGCCGCCUGCGCAGGGCGUGUGCGGAGCCGUCGGCGGGCCUGCCGUACGACAUCCGUCGCGGAGCACAGAGCCGCCGCCUCGGCAUCCUCCGCGGCGCCUGCGCCGGCCUUGCGCGAGCACUCGACAUCGUGUCUGACCUGCGUCAGGACGCCGCCGCGCUCGAGCGCCUCGACGGGACGCGCCGCGACCCGCCCGCGCUGCUCCAGUCCCUUCUGGACCAGCCCGGUGCGCGCGACGAGCUCGACACGGCCGCGGCGCUCCUCGCGGAGAUCCUGCGUGCCGUGCCUGCGCCGACGGGCAAGGCGAAGCAGGACGCCGGCGUGGCGGUGAGCGCGUCGGUGCUGGAGGGCGCUGGGCUGGCGGCGGACGCGGACGACGAGGGGCGGCUGGAGGCGGAGGUGAAGCUGACGACGCGGUGGGCGGAGACCCUGGUGGGCUGGGGGUGUGAGGGGCCCCCGGGGGGGGUCAGCGCGCUCGCGGGGGGGCUGUGGGAGCGCGUCGACGCGUCGCUGUCCGCGAUCGACGCGCUACUGUCCUUCGCCGCGUUCGCCGGCUGCGCAGACGGCGCCGUCUGCCGCCCGGAGGUCCUCCCUGUGUCGGGGGACCACGGACACCCCCUCCUCGACCUCCGCGGGAUGUGGAACCCGCUCGUGCGGACCCCCGGCUCCGGCACGGUCGUGCCCAACGACGUGGCGCUCGGCGGCCCGACGGGAGCGCGCGUCGCGGUGAUCACCGGCUCCAACAUGUCGGGCAAAAGCACCGCCAUGCGCGCGGCAUGCCUGGUGGCGGUCCUCGCGCAGGCGGGGUGCUACGUGCCCGCGUCGGCGGCGCGGCUGUCGGCGUGCGACCGCAUCUUCACGCGCGUCGGCGCGCAGGACGAGAUCAUGGCGGGCCGCAGCACCUUCCUGGUGGAGUGUCUGGAGACGGCGGCGGUGCUGAAGGACGCGACGGCGGGGUCGCUGGUGGUGCUCGACGAGCUCGGGCGCGGCACGAGCACGCACGACGGGCACGCCAUCGCGGAGGCGGUGCUUGCGCGGCUGGCGCGCGGGGCGGUGCGGCCGCGCGUGCUGUUCUCGACGCACUACCACGCGCUGGCGACGGGCCCGAUGGCGGCGGACGCGGGCGUGGCGCUGGUGCACAUGGCGUCGGAGCGGGACGGGCGCGGGGGGCUGCGGUUCUCGUACAAGCUGCAGGCGGGGGUCGCGCCGCAGUCGUGCGGAUACGAGGUGGCCGCGAUGGCCGGGGUGCCCGCGGCGGUGGUCGCGCGGGCGCGCGCGGUCGGCGAGCGCGUGGAGGAGGAGUGGGCGGCCGCGCAGGGCGUGCGGCAGAUCCUGCGGGCCGCCCGGGGCGCCGAGUCGAGCAACGUGUAA